AGAAAGAUCUCAUCUUUGAAUUGAAAGCUGGCGAGCAAGUGGUGGGAAAGAGCCGCCGAUACGCCGGCGAUGGCCGGAGUUAACCCCAGCUCCUCGGCUUACAUCCAUCAGCCACCUUCCGACCAAGACAAGAGCCCAUCAAAAGAACUAACCACCGCUGUUGAUGAGCCGCCGUCUACGUCCUCGGCCUCAGCUCGGCGGCCGCGUGGCCGCCCGUCGGGAUCCAAGAACAAGCCAAAGCCGCCGAUCAUCGUUACCCGGGACAACCCCAGCGCGCUUCGCUCUCACGUGCUGGAAGUCUCGAGCGGCGCCGACGUGGUCGAGAGCCUGUCGGAGUAUGCUCGCCGACGUGGGCGUGGUGUCUGUGUGUUGUCCGGUGGCGGGGCAGUCGUCAAUGUAGGUCUCCGGCAGCCUGGUGCUUCGCCGCCGGGGAGUGUUGUAGCAACAUUGAGAGGGAGGUUUGAGAUACUCUCGUUGACCGGAACUGUGUUGCCGCCUCCGGCUCCACCAGGAGCUGGUGGCUUAACUGUUUUUCUGGCCGGCGGGCAAGGGCAAGUAGUGGGUGGGAGUGUGGUGGCGCCGCUGGUGGCGGCGGGGCCGGUGGUGUUGAUGGUGGCGUCGUUCGGCAACGCUAUUUAUGAGCGGUUACCUCUGGAAGGCGAUGACGAUGGAACGGUGCAACAGCAGCUGCCGGACGCCUCGCAGUCUUCCAGUGUCACCGGCGGUGAGGGUGGUGCUGCUCCUUUUCAUGGUUUGGGUGGUGGGUUUCAGUUCCCCGGCGAUGUAGGUGGGUGGGUUGGUGGUGCUAGACCACCAUUUUAAUUAAUCAACCCAAUAAAAACCUUUGCUUUAAUUUUUAUUGCGUAUUAAUUUAGUUUGUUGUUAUUGUUUUUCUCUCUCUCUUUU